CAUUGAAUCUAACGCAUCCAUGCUGGGAAAAACAUGGCAAACUUAUAGAGAUGCAGCUAACACGGGUUUGGAUAUUGCCUAUUUAUUUUAUAAUGAUGAACCAGCCAUGCAUCAUAAAGGAACAGCUGUUGGCCAUUUAAAAGGUUAUUUUGCAUUUGAUGACGAUUCAGGAAUUUGGAUGGUUCACAGCAUACCGAAAUUUGGCGAUGCGGAAAGAUACAGCUAUCCAAAAAGUGGUCUGCGCAAUGGCCAAAUGGCACUUUGCAUGAACUAUGACACUUCAGUUUUGAACGAGAUAUGUCAUCAUCUCUUAUAUUGCAAUCCGAAACGUUAUGAUUACAAAAUAACUAAUGACAUGAGUGAAAGGCUUGACAGAUACUCGAGAAGUUUAUUUACAGAAAAACCUGCUUUUAUAAAAAGAGGUGAGCUGAUGAAGGAGACAAUAUUGGAUAGUAUAGGGAACACCCGGUUCGUUGCGUUUGCCAAAGACAAUCAGUUGAGAGUUGAUUUAUACGAAGACAUACUUGCACCUAAUCUGGACACAAACCUGCUUGUUCAGUCCUGGCGCCUGGGGAGAGGAAAUUUGGAACGUCCAUCCAUCCCGUUUGAGUAUAGUGUAACAAAUGUUGCUGCUAUGAACAUGACAGUAAGCAACAGAGAGAGAAGCAUCUUCUUCAUAGCUAAAGAAGAUCACAGCAAGUGGGCGAUAUCCGCAGAGAGUCCAUCAAGAUGGGUAUGCAUUGCAGAUCUGAACCGAAUGACAAGCCAGAAGAAACGGGGAGGUGGUGCUGUUUGCAUCCAUUCCGGACCAAUCUGGGAAGCUUUUAAUAGUAUCAUAGAUAAGGGAAAGAGAGUCUCAAGACUGAGAAGAAAGAAGAAGAAGAAGAUGUUCUCCGAGAAGCCCUUAUUGGUGUAACCAAAUAAGAUUUUGAUUGAAAAAAUAAUAGUACUGAGUUACUCUUAACAGAAAAGAAAACCAUAAUCC